AUGAACUUGUUCAAGAUGUUGGGGGAAGGAACUAGUGGUGGUCAGUAUGAUGGUGCAAGGACUAGUGGUGUUGGUGGUACAAAUAAAGAUGGCGAUGACACAGAAGAUGACGUACAUGGAAACAGUGACGAGGAGUCUGUGCCGUCCGAUGAGUCUGAUGAUGAUUACAGUGACCAUGACGCAUCUUCAGUAGUACCUUCUAUUUUCGACGACAUCAAUGAUAUGGAUAAAUCUGAAUUGGAUGAGGAUUCUGAUGGGAUCACAAUGUGGGACGAUAAUUGGCAGACGGUUAGACAUGGUAUACAUGCUAAGAAGAAAGAGGUACGAACAGCUGUGGGGGGAAUGGUCAUUGCGACAGGGUUGGGCAUGUCAGGUAAAAUAUAG